UUACCGCUCCCCAGGUCAGUCGUCCAUCAAUUAUCCCUUGCGUGUUACCUUUACAGUAAUUAUUUUACAAAAACUUAUAGAGCUAAAAGCUAUAAAGACAAAUGACUACGUUAAUCGAGAUGUCUAGCAGACAACAAUUGUACCCGAUUAUCACAGCCACCAACGAUGAUACUGAUUCUGAAUCCAAGACAUGUGGUAAAAUUUUGGUGGUGUUAUCCUGGAUAUUGGUAAUAGUGACAAUGCCGUUUUCACUGUUUAUAUGCUUCAAGGUUGUGCAAGAAUACGAGAGGGCGGUUAUCUUUCGCUUAGGAAGAUUACUUUCAGGCGGAGCCAAGGGUCCUGGCAUAUUCUUCAUUCUGCCAUGCAUAGAUUCAUACGCACGUGUUGAUCUCCGUACUCGAACAUAUGACGUACCACCCCAAGAAGUUCUUACCAAGGACUCCGUGACGGUCUCUGUCGACGCCGUUGUUUACUAUCGGGUACACAACGCUACCAUAUCUAUUGCCAAUGUCGAAAACGCCCACCAUUCGACUAGGCUUCUAGCUCAAACCACACUCCGUAACACAAUGGGUACAAGACCGCUUCAUGAAAUUCUCAGUGAACGUGAGACUAUAUCAGGGAAUAUGCAAAUAUCCUUAGACGAAGCAACCGAAGCCUGGGGAAUUAAAGUCGAGCGAGUUGAAAUCAAGGAUGUCCGUCUGCCGGUACAGCUUCAGCGUGCAAUGGCUGCUGAAGCAGAGGCGGCACGAGAGGCGCGUGCGAAAGUUAUAGCUGCAGAGGGCGAACAGAAGGCUUCACGCGCGCUUCGAGAAGCAUCCGAAGUCAUAGGGGAUAGCCCCGCUGCUCUCCAAUUGCGUUACUUGCAGACUUUAAAUACCAUAUCUGCAGAGAAGAAUUCAACUAUCGUUUUCCCUCUGCCCAUCGACCUAUUAACUUACUUCAUAAAAGCGAAAGAAGAAUACUAAUUAUCUUAUAAUUCUUAUAUUACACAUCUCAAUCGAGAAGAGUUGUUCACGUAAGAACAAAACAACUAGGUGUUAGUUAAAUGUAUAACACACUCAUUUAUAUUUGAAAUGUUUAAUAUCAUAGUGAUAUAUUUAAAAACUUUUAUUGUAGACAAAAGAAUUAUAUGAAUUUAAUCUAAUUAUCAUAUCAAUACCAUACUUAUUCAACUUUGAAGUUAUUAACUGAUAUAUUAAUAAAUGUUGUAUGUUUUAUCUAAUGGGAGACAUGUUUUAAGAUUUAUGUGUUUAAAAUGAAAUGUUGAAUAAAAAUUUGUGUCUUUUAUAAUUAUUUUUUUAAAUACUUUAAUUAUAUUGCAUUUGAUAUAUCGUUAUAAGUUUAAAUGUCGUGGACUGAUAUAUUACUAAACAAAAAUUUAAUGUUUAAUAAAAAAUAGGACCUGUAGAAAUAUAUGAAGCACCAUAUUAUAACAUUCUUAAAUCGUAGACGAUAUAAAAAGAAAACUUUAGAGACGCACUAUGUCACACUUAUUAAAUUCUAUUAAUAUAUAUUUUGUGGUAUACAUUUUUUAACCCUUAACAUUCGGUCAAAAUAUAUGUUUGAAUGAGACCGGCAGCAAAAGGCUUACAACAUACAAUAAUUUGAUACCACAUCACAGUAUACUGUUAAAACUUGCAUUGUAACAAGUGCACCAAUUUUAUCAUUUUUAUAAACACCGAAAUUUAUUAUAACAACUUACAACAAAAUAAAUUCUAAUAUUUACCUUUACAAUUAAUUUGAAAUUUGAAAAAUUAAAAUUCUCAAAUAAAGGCAUCUUAAUAUAUUUA